GCCGCGGCCGAGACGCACCGUCACUCAACCGGACGAGGGCUACCUGUGCGCACUGCGGCCGGCCCACACGGGGAGGGGUUAGAAUCUCCCCGUCAGAAACAGAUUGAAAGGAAGCGAGAGAGGGAAAGAAACUAACCCCGGCGCAGGUUGUGGAGCGGCGCAGACACACAGAGACAGCGGGAAGAGAAGCCGCAACUUGGCCGAUUUCAACCCAGGCGGUCUGAACUGAUCUCGAAGUUUCUUGGCCGAUCGGAGAAGGAAUAAUUCGGAGCCCGGUUGCCCCACACAGCGCUGUUGUGGAUAUUUACGUCCACCUUGCCUCCUGUUUAGAAGAAUGGCGAGAGAUUACGCAGCACGCUGUCCGGUCUCACCGGUGAGGAGCACUUGGCUGGUGGCGGCAGCGAUCCUCCUCGCAGCCCAAGGUAUCGGGGCUCAGAAAGUGCGUGUCGAGGAGGAGCUGGAGGCGUAUCCCGCAGAGGCCGUUGAUCUCCGCUGCCAGUUCAUCGAUGGAGGAGGCCGGACCAAACUCACACAGGUGUCUUGGAUAUGGGAACCCAUUGACGGUCAGAGGGACAACAUCGCCGUUUACCACCCCUUCUACGGACAGAGUUUCCCCAACUUGUCCUUCAAGGACCGAGUUAUCUUCCUCCACAACAGUCUGGAGAAUCCGUCCAUUAGGAUUUUGAACCUAACGAUGUCUGAUGCCGGCCGUUACACCUGCGAGUACGCCACCUACCCCUCUGGAAACGAACAAGGGACGACCACCCUCAUCAUGCUUGCCAAACCCAAGAACUCAGCCAACGUCGUGACGGUCCAGGCGGGCUCCAAGUCGGUGGUGGUGGCCCAGUGCGAGGCGGCGGACGGCAAACCGGCAGCCACCAUCAAGUGGCUGGCUUCGGUCGGAGGCAACUAUUCGACCAGCACCACGAACGGGCCGGACGGCACGGUGACGGUGCGCAGCGACUACCGGCUGGUCCCCACGCCGGCAGACAACGGCAGGGAGGUGACCUGCAUGGUGGACCAGAGGACACAGGAGCGGCCGUGGGUUUACCCUCUCAAGCUCUCAGUGGAAUACCCCCCUUCUGUAUCCAUCGAGGGCUACGACAACAACUGGUACGUCGGCCGUUCAGACGCCAUUCUCCUCUGCCUGGCCAACGCCAACCCUGAGCCCACCACCAUCACCUGGACCGCGGCCUCGGGUUCUUUGCCAGACACGGUGAUGGUGGACGGCAACAAGCUGACGGUGAGGAAGGUGGACGACGCCGUCAACACCACUUUCAUCUGCGAGGUCAAGAACAAGUACGGGGCCAGUCGGCACCAGAUCACCACCAUCGUCAUCGAAGCCUUGGAGGAUCCGUCCAGCGCCGGCGUCGUGGCGGGCGCCGUCAUCGGCUCCCUUCUGGCCCUGCUCUUGGUUGUCGCGCUCAUUGUCGUUCUCCUGACCCGAAGUCGUCGGCAGCAGAGGCGUGGCUACCCCAGCAGCGGGGACUCCAUAGCGACCGGCAGCGGCGGCAGCAAUGGCGGAGAGUACGGGAACAAAGCCCGGCUGCUCUUCAGUGGGACCGGAAACAGCAGCAGCAAGAACGGGACCGGUGCGAACAACAACGGGCCCAUCUACACGUACCGGGAGGGCUGCGACGCCACGGGGACCCUGACGGAAAAGGCCAACGACUUCCACCACCACCAUCUCCACCACGCCUCAAUCGGCAACCCCCCCUCCGCCCACGACAUCCUCCUCAGCGGCGAGAUGGACGAAGCCGAGAGGAGGAAGUUCGAGUUGGAUGACAGCAUGGAGGAAGAAGAGGAGCGAUACGAUAGGUUCGGAGGCGUCGGGGGAGGCGGGAACAUGCUACCUCCAGCCUACCACGUCCGCAGAGGCCACGGCGGCGAAGAAGAAAUGGACGUGUACCUCGACGACGACAUGGAGUCCCAGAGAGACGGAUCUGUCAUUUCCCGGACUGCCAUUUAUGUCUGAGCGCAGAGAGAGGGAAGGAAAGGAAAGGUGAGGGCUGAAAACAGGGAGGGGAGAUGUGGUGGAGGAAGAGGGGCGGUAGAGUUAGCCCCCUUCGCCACCAGACAGAUCAACAUCGCUUCCAUCAGCUAAACACCUACCUGCUUAACAUUCAACCUAUUGAAGAGACGCCAUCAACUGUAUCCUCUCUGCUUGACACCGACCGUAUGAUUUUAUUAGAAGAGGAUUAAAAGAAAAAUCACACAAAGGAAGCAGAGAAGCGGAGUCUUUGUGAGGCUGAUGAAGGAAAACCUGUGGUGGCAGUAGUGCACCGUGGCUGAAUAUGUGUGUUUAACUGUAUCAUGGAGACAGAUUUCAUUCAGUGUCGGCCAAAUAUAACAAAAUGGAAAAAAAAAACUGCUAACAGCAAAGAAAAACCACAGCGACUCUGAUGCGCUGCUGCUUGUUGCUUCGUCCUCGUUUCUUCAGCUUUGCAACUGUGCGAUUGUGUUGAGUGACUACAGUGUUUGUAUUUUAUACCUUACCAGAAAGCAUCGUUUGCAAAGCCGGGAGCACCAUGAACACUUGGGCCUGUUCCAAAAUCAGUGCUAUUCAAAAAAAAAAAAAAAAAAAAAAAAAAAAAACGCCUUCCUGUGUCAAAAUCAGUAGAAAAAACCCUUCAUCAGCACGUUGAACUCUACAUACGGCGGUCAAACGGCGCCCGCUGCAGACACCAGCUCUCCGAACAGGCCUGCGACUUCGCCCGAAUCGUUUUAAAACUUAAAAAAAGCCAAACUCGGCGACGGAGUUUCUCUUCACCCCAGCGACGACUUUUUUGGGCGGCCCCCCACACACGCACACACCCUGCGACACCACCUGGUUUCCUGAUGGGUGCCGCUGAAGCGAGGGCCAAUAAACUGAGUAACAUAACAGACUUAACAGUGCGUGCUAAUGUGUGGCUGGCUGUGGUGUUAAUGAUGUGCAUCAUCUAUAUCUUGAGCAUCGUCUCACUAUAGCACUGUUGUUGCUGUUGUUGUUGUUGUUGUUGCUGUAGAUGUUGUUGAUAUUGUUGUUGUUACUGUUGUGUAAUGGUGUUGAUCUCGCUAAGGAAAAGACGCACCAGGAGCCUUGGGGGUUUCACACAGUACCACAGUGGGUCGGUAAUGACUCAUUUAAUGGGUAACAAAAAAAGAAAAACCAUGUGCUUUUCUUUAUUUCCUUUUUUUCCCAAUUUCUUCUUUAAGUUUCUUCUCACUUUCUCUGUAUUUCCUCUUUCUUUAUUCUCUUCUCUCUCUCUUCUCCCUUCUUUUUCUCUCUCUUUUCUGUCUGUUCCACAUGCCUCUCAUUCUGCGCUUUCUUUAUUUACAUAAUGGGCGGCUUAGAGGAGUGCCGCAAUGACUGUGUGCAGGCAGAAGGGGAUAACUCGUAUUUAUGCUCCUAUCUGGGUCGCAUUGAACGAGGCAAAAUAUUCACCGGCUUUGUUGGAGGCUGCUAUAUUUCACGUGUUCAUUUUCGACGUCCCGCAGAAUUUUCCGAGGCGAUGUACGGAUUAUUCCGUGCUCUGUGGUCUGAUUGGACAGAAAGACACGGCCCAAGAGACAUUUCAGCGGAGGGUGUGAGAGCAGGAUGAAUGAACUCCCAAACUCCCAAACCUUUGUUUCUUGUGCACAGUUUCUUCUGAAAAGAAAUGGCACAUCUGCUGACAAGGUGGGAUUGUUUGUCUUUUGUGAGUUCACUGAACAUGCAGAACUGCAUUGGAAAAAGUGGCAAUUUUUUAAUCCGGACGAGACGCUGUACUUAAUUAAAUGACAGUACUUUUCAGAAUGGAUAUUGUUUCAACACAUUUGCUAAUGCAUAACAAGAGUUGAGCUCGUAAGUUCCUGCAACACAUUUGCCUUAUUGAGUCGCAGCUUUUUCCUACUCAUCUUUUUGACUUUCAGACCAUUAAAUGGGCAAUUUCUUAAUUAACUGUUGAAUUAUGUCCCUGGUGUUUGUUACGUUGGGAUGGUCAUGUGAUGACACAGAGGCAGGCUCUUGGGACACAGACCAACCUCCUCGGAGAUGUACAGCGAGUCUGGUCAAAGUCAGAUAAAAAGAGAUGGCGAUGAAGGCCACAGUUAAAACCGGACUGCUGCUACAUGCUUCGGCAGCUGAUCCGAGCACACCCUCUGCGAUGUAAGCUCACUGUGUCACAUCACAACCACACACUUACUCACUGCAGACAGGCAGGGUUUGACUCUGGGGUGCCUGAGUAAAAUCAAUGGUAUAUAUUUACAGUUUUUGCAUAAUUUUAGUCAAUUCCACUUUGUAGUUUUGGGCUGUUGUUACUGCUACACGUGUAAUAUUUAUGAGAAAGGAUCUGAAAAGGGAAUCUCUCCAGAAUGUGAUGAUCUCCAACAGGUCGAUCCAUUCUGAGAGGUUGAACAGGCUCAUAUUACACUGCAAGUCUUGUACCAUUCCAUUUACUCAUUACGAUGUAAGAAUAUAUUGUGAUCAUAAUUAAGAUGUUGCUACCCAAAAUGCAUCAUAAUCAGUGUUCUGUGGGUUUUAAGAUCUGAACACAGACUCGUCCAUGAAGUCAGAGCUGAGAUACUUCAUCAAGGAAAUUCAAAACCUCAGCUGAGUGAUCGUGUCGUGUUAAGGAAGUCGGUUUCCGCUCUCCUCCCCCCUGAGAGCAGGUUCCUUGUUGUUGAUUGUUGUUGAACAUUAUACACUGUGCAGUCUGUUAUUCUGUGAGUGAGACAGUUAUAUCUGCCAUGUUACGAUGCAUUUCAGUGCAGACAUUUCAUGACGUUUCACAGCGUGUUUGGACAGGUUGCCAAUUCAUCUCAAAGUAAGCGAGAAGCAGUCACUCUGUAACCUCUUUGCCACAUGUGUCACCAGUAGUCGGUCUUGUUUGUUGUAUCACUGCAGUACAGUUUUAAUUAAAGUGUGUUUUCAGCUCCGUGGGAUGCAUGCACGCUCCGAGAUCCUGACGCCUAAACUCUGUAUACAUAAAUGCAUCUGGUUUACCAAUUGAGCCAACAAGUCAUACCUACAAUAAUUAAUGUCAUGUCGUGUUUGAUCUUCUGUUCUUAUUAGAGCUCCAACUGUUCAUGAUUUUCACCGUAAAACCCCUGACUGUUGGGAGGCGCUCGGUUUCAUCUCGCUCCAGCACAUUUACCCUCUAUUUGGCCAUUGUACGCCUUAGCACAUCUUUUCUCCGGGGGUCUCUUGCAGCUCCGUAACUCGAAACAGUUGACUGUGAUCACAACUUUGGAGCCUAAUUAGUCCCAGAGUCUUGUAGCGUGCAUGUACCCUUAGUGGGAAAACUCAUCAUCAGUCAUAACUUUUGUUUUUGCACAACCCAUUUUCAAUAAAAAAAAAGCUUUCUGAAACAAUUCUCUGUGGAAAAAUGGGUAAUUAAUUAAGCCGAGCCAUGUUAUCAGUCUAUAAAUACCAGACUUUCUUUUCCUCAGCACAUUUCACAGCACCAGGGUUGUGCACCUGCUCUGGGACAUCUAGCCUCCUC